AACAAAAGACCCUAAAAUAGGCCCAAAGGGAAGCAAAAUCUCACUAUCUUCCUAGAUCUCACCACGAAUUUCGUUCGUUGCCGGUACAAUCGACGGCCUCUUUUCCGGUCACUCGCCGCCGGAAACUUCUUCCGUGCUCGACAACUGAUCUCGAAGUCUUAAGUAGAUUAUUGUCCUCGAUUGCAGGAUAUUUGCAAUACCCAAGUGUCGCUUUCACAAAUGCAAGUAUAUCGGUUGGACUAAGAUAGCAAAGUGCAAGAACAGAUUUUGAGCGCAAAACUGAAGGAUAGCAAGACAAAAAUGAAUCAGGGUUUUUGGAUGGCCAAGGGUGCUGGGUGUUUAAAUGAUGGUGAGAUGUCUUAUGAUAAUUCUUCUAGAGUUGAGCCUAAGCGUUCUCAUCAGUGGUUUAUGGAUGGUCCUGAUACAGAGCACUUUCCAAACAAGAAGCAGACAGUUAAUGCAGUUCCAGCAACCAACUUAUUUUCAGGAUUGUUAAAUUCAAAUGUUUCUCCAUGGGGGAAUACAUCCAGUUUUCACUCGAUAUCUGGCCAUUUUGGUGAACGGGUAUUUGAUCCUGAAACUGCUAGAACUGUCAAUUUUGAUGAUCAUAGCAUCCCAUCAGUUAAUUCAGAGAAAGUUGAUAUGGCAAGAAAGGCUAAUGAAGAUCUGUUUGGGAAUGAUUCUUCUUUUGGUUUAUCAAUGUCUCACACUUAUGAAGACUUUAGAUCUGGACUAAACUAUGGAGGCAUUAGAAAAGUAAAAGUCAGUGAGGUCAAGGACUCUGAGAAUGUUAUGCCUGUACCGAUUGGCCAUGCCUAUGAUAGGGUUGAUGCUAACUCACUGCCUGCUGGUCAUGCAUAUAAGGUGGAAGACAGGUCUGUACCCAUUGGUCUUGCCUAUAACAAAGGAAAUGAGAAUAUCAUGUCUAUCGGUGAUACCUAUGACAGGGAGCAUAAUGUCUUCAUAUCAAUGGGACAAUCAUAUAACAAAGGAGAAGAGAGCGUUACACUUAGUGAAACAUAUAAAGAUGGUAGCAAUGCCAUGGCUAUUGGUAACACCUUUGAUAAGACUGACAACAAUUUCAUCACUAUGGGUCAGACCUAUAACAGAGCAGAUGAAAACUCAAUAUCGAUGUGUCAUACUUUCAGUAAGGUAGAUGAUGGUACCAUAUCUCUGGGCCAUACCUAUGACAAGAGUGAGAACCAUACUUUGUCAAUUGGGCAGUCUUUUACCAAGGGGGAGAGUACCAUAAUAUCAUUUGGUGGCUAUGAUGAUGAUGAUGCAAGUCCAGGAAGGCUCAUAUCCAACUACGAUCUGUUGGUAAGUCAGGCUUCUAUCCAAAGAUCAGAAGCACUGAAUGACAAAGAUAUUAAAUCAAAUGCUGAUGCACUUGUCUCCAGUGGUAUUGUAAGUGCUUCUGGGGCUGAGGUUUCUCGGAAGAAAGAUGAUCCAAAGACAUCUAAAAAGGUUCAGCAAAACAACUUCCCUUCAAAUGUCAGAAGUUUGCUAUCAACUGGUAUGCUGGAUGGUGUUCCGGUAAAAUAUAUUGCCUGGUCGCAGGAGAAGGAGCUGCGUGGUGUCAUAAAAGGUUCUGGAUAUCAAUGUGGUUGUCAGUCAUGCAAUUUCUCUAAGGUAAUCAAUGCAUAUGAAUUUGAACGACAUGCUGGUUGCAAAACAAAACACCCCAAUAAUCACAUCUACUUUGAGAAUGGAAAGACAAUAUAUGGAAUUGUCCAGGAGCUUAGGAGCACACCUCAGAAUAUGUUGUUUGACAUUAUUCAGACUUGUACUGGCUCACCUAUUAAUCAGAAGUCAUUCAGGCUGUGGAAAGAAUCCUUUUUAGCUGCAACUCGUGAACUUCAGCGUAUAUAUGGAAAUGAUGAUGGAAAGCAAUUGUCGUAAGGACUUCUUGUUCCUUUUGCAAGCUAGGGUCUUCUUUAUUUUGUGCAUACUGCAUAGAGAUAUCUUUCUAUCAAGACGUUGUACUCGUCAAUGGUGGUUCCACCGCUAACUAAAGGGCUUUGGGUUUUUUUGCCAAUUUGACUGCUAGGGAUCAUUAUGAAUCCAUGAGAUCACAUCUACCCACAGAAUGGAACCUUGUUCUGUUGUCUUUUGGCUUGCAGUUCAUAGCUUAACUGAAGGGAAAAGUAAUCAUGUCACCCAUUGCGAUCUCACUUUUUUAAUUUUAUUAUCACUUGUGUGCUUGCAAGGAAAGUCUUCGCCGAACUAUUGUCAUUUUUCUGAUCUGUUUUAUUCUUUUUCACUUUUUUCUUUUUUUGGGCAAUAAGCUACAAUCACUGUAUUUAUAGUGUUAAGCCACAAGGCAUCCACAAAGAAAGGAAAAUUUUGUGA